AUGGAGACUAGUGGAGGAAAGGAAAAGAUAAAGUGGACAACCACCAUUAUUAUCAGCUCAUCUCUUAAGAGUUAUGAAAUUGCAACUGCCCUAGAAAAUCGAAGCCACAAGGUUCGGUACUCAGAUACAUUGGAAAGAGGAUCGAUUGUCUUCUCUCUGUCUGGAGUUGCAUUUUUAUUGGUGGAUGCUAAGGAAUGUGUAUCAACGGAGGAAAUAUUUCUAACCAAAAUUGAGACGUUUAUUAACAUUCACCAGAAUAGUAUUUUGGUUCUGUUUGCCCCACUCCAUGGGCCUGAAGAAUGGAAUCUCAUGUUCAGGAUUCAUCAGAGGUUUUUGGGCAGUAACUUACGAAUACUUCCUGUACACAACACAGCAAAUGCUGCUGACCUCAUGUGCACUAUAGCUAAGACUACCUCCAAGCCAGCCUUAGACAGCAUCUGCUAUAGAAUGGUGACAACCAAAGCUUACAUCAUAGAGCAAAGCCCUGUUUGGAGAACACUCCAAAAGAUAAAACUGAGUACUGAUUCAGUUAGUCCAAAUUCAGAGUUUUGA